AUGGCAGCCCUCAAGAGUCUUAACGCUAUCAGGGCCAAGUACGUCCAGAAGCAGCAGGAGAAGGUGAGGACUGCCGCCGUCGCCGCCGCCGCUCCCGACCCGUUCCAGGCAGUCGCCAAUUGGAAUUGGGAGGGCGUAACCUCUCCUAUUCAACAAAGCCACAAUGCCGUGGCAUGCCAAUUCACCGAUGGGAGUAACCCCUCCAACGGUGCUAACUACUACGUGGCCGGCAUGUGCGCCCCGGCCCAGGGAUACAACAACGACGUCCCCAACGCCGGCGUCGUCAUGGACAUUGACGAUGCCUCCUACAACUCGCCCGACGUCAGCAUGAGCGACGUCUCCAGCGACGUCUCCAGCACCAUGUUCGACAUGGACAUGGACAUUGUCUCCGACGCCAUGGCCGACAUCAUGUCCGAUGUCCCCUGCGCCAGCCCGGAGAUCCACAUGAGCGACGCCUGGCUCGUGGGCUCGCUUUGCGACGAGGAUCACUCGGACAACAUGCUCAAGAUCCUGGCGGGGAAGAGGCGCGUCACGGGCCUGCGCCAGCUUGAGGCGUCUCAGCGACUGCGUCCUCGAGAGGCCAACAGCCGCGAGCACAUCGCCGCGAGCACAUCGCCGCGAGCACAUCGCCGCGAGCACAUCGCCGCGAGCACAUCGCCGCGAGCACAUCGCCGCAGAGAUCUCCAAGUCGCGGGACACCAUUGA